UUCAACCGCUCAAGUCCGAACAUCGCAUCAGACCGCCUACAGCAACACUUGAACGAUGCAAAUACUGAAAAAGAAAAAGAAAUUGGCCAAGUGUGGAAACUCACUCAUCCUCCACCAGUUUGCUCCGACGGAGUUAUCAGUCAAUGGUUCUCCACCUUGUCUGAAGCUGGAAACUUUUCUUCGUAUGACAAAAAUCCCGUACCGGAACGACCAUCGGUUGAAGUUUUCAAAGAAGGGAAAAAUGCCGUGGAUCGAGUUUAAUGGACAAGAAAUCGCUGAUUCCAAUUUCUGUAUCCAAUUCCUGAAACGGGAAUUCAAAGUCGACAUUGAUUCUCAUUUGAACGACACAGAAAAGGCCGUCGCCCACAGUGUUCGAACCAUGCUGGAAGAAAACACUUAUUGGGCUCUUGUUUACUGCCGUUGGUUGUCUGCAUUUGGAGCAGAAUAUCGAAGGAAGCUGUUCACUAAAAAGUUUGGCCAUCUCGUCUUCCCUCUUAAACAUCUGAUAGCUCACCACAUAAUGAAGAAAAUCAAACGGGAUCUGUGGGGACAUGGAAUGGGUCGACACUCGGAACAAGAGUUGUAUGGAAUCGCUGAGAGAGAUUUACUAGCAGUCUCGGAAAUUUUAGGCCAAAAGAAAUUUCUGUUUGGAGAAAAACCUUGCCUUGCUGAUGUAGCACUGUUUGCCUUCAUUGCUGCAUCCGCCUGGGAUCUUCCAGAAAGUCCGUUUGAUGAACUUAUCAAGACAAAAGCACAGAACCUUCGCACUCAUGCUCAGAGAAUGAAAGAGCUCUAUUACCCAGACUGGGAUGAAAUCAUCUCAAGAAAUCUGAAAUCAAGUUAACGACUCUGUCAGACUUAAUUGCAAUUCAACUAGUUCGUUUUUGGUUACAGGAACAUUAACCUAGAACGAAGGCUGUUUCUGGGAGGUUAUUGUGUCGUCAUGGUGAUGUCAGAUGACAAAAAGGUCUCCAUAAUUGGGCAAUUUAAUGCUACCUUUCUUAAGACAAAAAAAAGUUCUGAAAUAUUGCGGAUAACUCGAAGUAUUGUUUGCUAUGAAAAUUACCUUAACUAUUUCAAGCCACUUUUAUAAGUUAUUAAAAGUCAUUUAGUUAUCUGAGCUAUUUAUUUAAUCAAUCAAUACGGUUGCACUAAUCUACGGUAACCGCGUUAGAGAGGCUGGAAUGAAAGUUUCACAUAAGGAUCGGUGUGGCUAUUGAAAAAAUGACUUCCUAUUUAUCAUUCCACUACUAUAUCAAUUUAUCAAAUAAGGUCACAAGAACGC